AACGUUUGGGAAAUGCUGAGUGCACCUUGAAUCACUCUUCAAAAGUAGCAUAAUUCUAGUUUAGAGCUGUGCAGUAAAAACAAUAACCUUUUUAUAUUAAAGUUACAACUCUGAAGAGAGGUUCUGGAAGAUAGGACACAAAACAUCAGGAUGAAAACCCUGGCUGAAGCACUGAUGAAAACUGAGAACAGCAACCAGGGGACUGAUAAAAACAAUCAAGGUUGCUGCCUCCUUUUCAUGAUUAUAUGGCGCUUGAUCACAGGUCUAAUGUGCAGAUGUAAAAAAUAUAUUGCAUAUAUUUUAUUAGUAAUGAUAAUCAUUGGUCCAAUAGUGAGCAUAAUAGUCUUAUUAGUUCAGCGCCAUCAAAGUUUUUGCCCAGAUGAUUGGAUUGGUUUCCAAGACAAAUGUUAUUAUUUCUCUGAAAAAGAAGGGGAUUGGAAAUCAAGUAAAGACAACUGUACUACUGCACAUGCUGAUCUAACUACGAUUGACACUGAUAAAGAAAUGUCUUUUCUUAGUCGGUACAAAUGCAGUUCUGAUCAUUGGAUUGGGCUGAAGAUGACAAAAAAUCAAACAGGACAAUGGGUAAAUGGAAACACGUUUUCCAAAUGGUUUAAUGUGAAAGGGAGUGAAGAAUGUGCUUAUCUUAAUGAUAAUGGUGUUGGAACAGCUCGGUGCUACACAGAAAGAAAAUGGAUUUGUAGGAAAAAUAUACACUAACUUGAAGAUGGAAGAGACAGAAGAUAAAAUUAUGAAAGAUUCAAAUAAAAGAAAACUAGACAAAAAAACAGAUUUAUUUUUA